UUUUACAUGCGGGUGCCGAACAGGCCCUUGAUUUGAGCAUAGUGUCGUGUCAAUUAUUGGACGCAUUGUCUCUGUCCUGGUGUGAGGAUAUUAUUAUGUCGAGUCAAGUUCGGGCCCUUUCAUCCACGAAUGCUCCUAUUUUGCGCGAAGGGAGACCGAGGUCAUAUCGACCACGACUGACUUAGGUAACAGUCGGUGGUAAUUGCUCUCGUUUGAAUGGCCGGCGGGCUGAUUCCCUGGACAUGCCGACACAACCUGGAAUCCUCUGAUCGUGACCCUCAGCUGCUCAAGACUUGGAUUGCAUCUUCGGUGCCAAUGGACGAAACUAGACCCGGAUUCCACUUCCGACGCGUGGAGAAAUAACGCGCCGUUGCCAGGCUUGUCAUUGGUGCGGAAUCUCGUCCCUGGCCACCAUGAACUUGAACGACAUGCAAACAAUUGCCAGUCAUGGCAUCACGGAUUCUGGAGAAUUGCAUCCCAGUGUCCUCACCUAAUGGGCCUCAAGGAAAAGGUCAUCGAAUCUACAUCAGUGCCAGUACUGAUACAGGUACUAGACUCUCUUCGGGUCAUUCUCUGCGACCUCGGGAGCCUACAAUGUGGACGGCCAAUGAUGGUGGUUGGAUUGGAAACCAUAUCCAAGUUUAUCUGGUACCUCGCUCUCCUUUUCCUCGAACAGUGUCUCCUGGAUAGAUUCCAGGAAGGAUUCUCUCUGCAGCUCGGACAAGAUCUGUAUGGAUGGCUUGACAGAUCCUGCCAGUGCCUCCCGGCCGGGACAGACCAAACCCAGACAUUCAAUGCCUGUCUCUUCCUGCCAAUCCGACGCGUGACUCGAUUGAAUCCCUGACGUCUUGCGCCUCUGCUGCAGUGUGCCAGUUUGUCAAGAUGCGGUCAUGUUUCAACAAGCAGGACUAACAAAGAGGCACCUAACAACCCAAGGUACAACUUGCACUACUACUAGUAACAAGGUAGGAACUCAAGUCCGGCCACUGCAUCUGCAGUAAUUAUAUCCCCCCGGAAUCCCAGCUGUCUCUCUCCUCUCUUCUGUCUCUGGUCGACUCUUUUUCUUGAAGCCGCAGUCCUUGCAGUCUCGCGUCUGCCUUCCUCCCUUUCUAGUUCCCCUGUCAAAAGGUUGAAUGCUUCCUACAGCCAUGGCCCAUCCCAUUCAAGCCGUGCAAGAGCUCGCCGGCGCCGCAGGUGCAGACCCUCGUCCGCUUCAACGCACCACUGUCUUCCAGGGUCUCAAUGAUGGCCCUGCAACUCUGGCUGCAAAGAUCACCGGGGUGAGCAAGGGUGGAAAGCGGGAAGACGAUGCGUCGUACCACACCAACAACGACGGCAGACCAUGGCCCACUCCCACCCACAGCAAGACCGUUGGAGGUAUUCCCGUGGCCUCGGACAUCUUCCUGUUCCAGAAACAGCAAGCUUUCAACAGACACAAACUGUUAGAAAGAAUGGUCCAUCCUUGCGGCAGCGGUGCGUUUGGAUAUUUCGAAACCACCAAGGACGUGUCGCAUUUGACCAAGGCCCAUUUUCUUCGAGGCUCUGGUGUUCGCACCCCGAUCUUCAUCCGAUACUCUACCGUCACUCUGGGCCGAGAGUUCCCUGAUCUUGCCCGGAAUCCGCGUGGCUUUGCCGUCAAGUUCUACACCGGCGAAGGAAACUACGACAUUGUGGGCUUGAACUUUCCCGUCUUUUUCUGCCGUGACCCUAUCCAGGGACCAGAUGUGAUCCGCAGUCAAGGCAGACGACCCGACAACUUUCUGCUCGACUACAAUGCCACCUUUGACCUGCUGGCUCAUACACCGGAGGCCAAUCAUGCUGGCAUGAUGUUCUUCAGUGACCACGGCACUCCCAAUGGUUGGCAUUCGAACCACGGCUAUGGCUGCCACACCUUCAAAUGGGUCAACAAGGAAGGCAAAUUCGUGUACAUCAAGUACCACUUCAUUGCCGACAAGGGCCAGAAGCAAUUCACCCGCCAAGAGGCCGUCGAAAUGUCGGGCAUCAACCCGGAUUAUUCCAAACAAGAGCUCUGGCAAGCCAUUGAGCGUGGCGACCCAAUCUCCUACACGGCUCAUGUCCAGGUCAUGCAGCCAGAGGAGGCCGAUCCCGUGAAAUUGGGCUUCGACCCCUUUGAUGUGACCAAGGUGUGGCCUCGAGAUCAAUUCCCGAUGCAAGAGUUCGGCAAGCUUCAUGUCACAAAAAACCCGGAGAACUAUCACCGUGACGUGGACCAAGCAUGCUUUUCUCCCGGCGCCAUGGUGCCGGGAAUCGAAGACAGCCCGGACCCACUGCUGCAGUUCCGCAUGUUCUUUUACCGCGAUGCUCAGUUCCACCGUGUUGGGACAAACUAUCAUCAGAUUCCAGUCAACUGUCCCUUCAUGGCAGCAUCCAUGUCCAGCCUAAACUUCGACGGCGUCAUGCGCACCGACGCCAACAACGGCGGCAACCCGGACUACGCGCCCAACUCGUUCGAGCCACUGACAAGAUUCCGCCCCGACACCGCCGAGGCGCCCUACAAGGUUUCCGAUGCCGUGGUCUCUCGCAAGUCUCACUUCUACCACGAGGGCAAACUGUCCGACUACGACCAGCCUCGCGUCCUGUACGAGAAUGUCAUGACCGAGACCCAACGCGACCAUCUCCACAGCAACACGGCCGUCAUGCUCGCGCAGGUCUCGGAGCCCAAGAUUCAAGUCUUGUACCUGGGUCAGCAAUACUGCAUCAAGCCGAGCUACGCAAGGGCCAUUUAUGACCUGUUGCCUGAGAAGAAGUUUGAUUUCAGCGAGGUCGAAAGUGCCGCCAAGGGCGCCGAAACUCGAACAAAGGAUCCUCAUUUCAUGCAUAACAAUGACCAGGAGAGAUUGGUGGGGUUGCCUGUGGCGGGUAUCUACAACUUUUGAGCAAAACUUGGUCUGGUCACCAUACCACAUGGUGCUGGAAAACCAGGGUCAAGAAGACUACUACUACUACUACUACUACUACU